AUGAUUCCUGGUGUGUGGCACUGUCCCCUCGUCCAGUGCCUGCGCCCCACUGCCGAAACCACCAUUCCCAAGACCAAGGGUGACAGGGAUGCUAAGGGAGAUAAUGCCAAAGUGAAGGAUGAACCUCGGAGGAGAUCCACAAGGUUGUCUGCUAAACGUGCUCCUCCAAAGCCAGAGCCUAAACCUAAAAUGGUCCCUCCAAAGGGAGAGAAGGUACCCAAAGGGAAAAUGGGGAAAGCUGAUGCUGGCAAGGAUGGGAAUCACCAUACAGAAAAUGGAGGUACCAAAACAGAUCAGGCACAGAAAGCUGAAGGUGCUGGGGAUGCCAAGUGA